AUGGCCGACUCUAAGACUGAAUCCACGCAUACGCCUGUCCCCGACAUCGCCUCGCCGGAUGUCGAGGAGAAAAUGAGCAUUGGGCGGUACAUCGCGACGCGCAUUCCCACCCUGGUGCCGCCGAUGAACCCAGCCCCGAACCCCUUCAAGGCACUGACCCUGCUGAAUCGUCAACAAUGGCUAUUCUUCGCGGUUGCGUUUAUCGGGUGGUCCUGGGAUGCCUUUGACUUUUUCACGGUCUCCUUGACGACAUCCCAGCUUGCGAAGACCUUCGACAAGUCUGUAACAGACAUCACCUGGGGUAUCACAUUGGUGCUCAUGCUACGUUCUGUGGGUGCCAUCACCUUCGGUAUCGCGUCUGAUCGCUGGGGUCGGAAGUGGCCGUUUGUCGUGAAUCAGUUGCUCUUCGUGGUCCUGGAAUUAGGCGCUGGCUUCUGCCAGACCUACAAGCAAUUCUUGGCCUGUCGCGCCCUGUUUGGCAUUGCCAUGGGCGGACUCUACGGCAACGCAGCCGCCACGGCGCUGGAGGACUGCCCGUCCGAGGCGCGCGGUAUUGUCUCUGGUCUUCUGCAGCAGGGCUAUGCGUUUGGCUAUCUACUGGCCACUGCAUUUGCCCGUGGUUUGGUGGAUACCACCCCUCACGGCUGGCGCCCACUAUACUGGUUCGCGGCCUGCCCCCCUGUCUUGAUCAUCAUCUUCCGACUAUGUCUGCCGGAGACAGAGACCUUCCGCCGCCGCCAGAUGGCUCGGGAGGAGGUGCGCGGAGGUGUGGCUGCUUCAUUUAUGUCGGAGGGCAAGGUUGCCCUGAAGAGACAUUGGCUGCUGUUGAUCUACCUGGUUUUGCUGAUGGCGGGCUUCAACUUUAUGUCUCACGGCUCCCAAGAUCUCUACCCGACCAUGCUUGAAAACCAAUUCUCUUUCUCAAAGAAUGCAGUCACUGUCACCCAAGUGGUCGCAAACCUCGGGGCCCUGAGUGGCGGCACGCUCUGCGGCUGGGCGAGCCAGAUCUUCGGCCGGCGCUUCUCCAUCAUCGUGAUCAGCAUCGUCGGCGGCGCCCUGCUCUACCCCUACACCUUUGUGGCGAAUGAGAAAGUCAUGGCCGCCGCCUUCUUUGAGCAGUUCAUGGUGCAGGGUGCCUGGGGCGUGAUCCCAAUCCACCUGAUGGAGCUGUCCCCGGGUCCGAUCCGUACCUUUGCCGUCGGCACAGCCUACCAGCUGGGCAACCUGGUGUCCUCCGCCAGCUCGACCAUCGAGUCGACCAUCGGCGAGCGCUUCCCGUUACCCCCGACCGAGGAGGGCACCAAGCGCUACCAGUACGGCAAAGUCAUUUGCAUCUUUAUGGGCUGUGUGUUUGCCUACACUAUUCUGGUGACGCUGGCCGGGCCGGAGCGUCUCGGCCGCAACUUCGAUGCCGAGCACGAUGCCGAUAUGGCGGUCGUCGCAGCUCAUCGCGGCAUUAACCGCGAGGAUGGGGACGAGAGUGAUCCAGAGAAGGCGAUGGCUUCGCGGCGCGAGUAA